AGAGCAGGCCAAGUGGGAGGAGUGACGAGCCCCCCGCUGUGCGCCAGAGAGACUUCCCCACCUCCAGCAAGAGGUGUGUUUGUAUAUUUUAAGGAAGGGGGUGGGAAGACUCCUCAAACUCUGAGAGACGCCCCUCGGAGAAGCGUCUUCCAAGGGAAUUGCUGCUAGGAGUCCUCUGCCUCUCCGAAGAAGACAAGCCGGAAAGUUUCCCCGCAUUUUUGUAUAUUUCCUUUUUUUUUUACUAUUUAUUUACUUUUUGUGCCUGCGGUGGCUUGCGGGUGUAGUAGUCAAAGCGAAGGCAACGGGAUAGAAGAACUGCUUCCGAGUUGGAAAGGGAUCUGCAAAGGCACAGGCCAGCCCUGCAAAAUGUCCUGGAGGCAAAACGCCAGAUUUAUCUUCACAAUGACUGUGGCUUUCCAGGGUAUUUACUUUGGAAAAGGUUUUAUACAAGAAGUGGAUAGACAAAAUAAUGGAGAAAAACCAAAUGCUACGCUCCAAAAGCACCACACAAAACAUCAACUCGCCACAUUAAAUGUGAUCAAUGAUAUGAAUCAGAGCUAUGAAAGCAGAAAACAAAUGAACUCUAAGCCACUGGUACCUUUCACAGGUCUUACACAGAGUCGAACCUUGAAUCGGCACUGCUGCCAAAAUGGAGGGACUUGUAUCCUGGGCAGUUUUUGUGCCUGUCCCAAACACUUCAUUGGCAGAUACUGUGAAUACGAUGAACGGAAGAGCAAUUGUGGCCCAUUCAAGCACGGAGAAUGGAUGCGGAAAGGUUGCCAACUGUGCCGAUGUGGUUAUGGUAUACUACACUGUUUGUCUGAGCAUAUAACGAAUUGUGUUGUGACAGAGGAAGAGGAAUUUAUCUAUUUACCUUCAAAUUGUCCAAGACUACAGCAAACAAUGAGCUUUCUUAUGCUCCUGUUGGGUGGUUUCUUUGCAUUGUUCUGCACAAAGCUCAUCCAUCAGCUGUGAAGAGUCACUUAUUCAGAUCUGGAGUCCUACCGGAUAGUUUGCCUUAUUAUAAAGUUUGACCUUGGAAGACUAUAAACUAAAACAAAAGACAUUUUCUGGCUCUGUUUUUCUAUUUAUUUACCUGUACAACAGGAAUUUUAACAAUAUUUUUUAAAAAACAUAUAUUUUAAACAUGCAAUUCUAGCACCACAGUAAAUCCUAGCAUUGAUUCCCUCACUUCAGUUGUGUCCCUGUUCUCAUACAAAAACAAGAAGGGAAAAUGAUGGAUGCAAGGAUUUUUUUUCUUGGGGACAUGGAAGCUACGUUGGAAAAGAAUAAGCUGCUCUGGGUUCAGAAGGACAGCAGUAGAAGUCACCCUGGACUCUAGGAAUUGUUCCCAAAUGCAUUUGGUUUCCUUGAAUUGCUGAGAAAGGGGUCCAUUCCUUUUAAAGUGCAAUUUUUACAGUAUCGAGUGGCUGUUUCAGUAUUCAUCCAGUGGUCAAGUAUUAGUAGAAUGCUUGACCAUGAAAAAAGCACUAUAUUGCACAAAUGCUCAUGCUUGUACUUCUGUUUGAAUCUGAUUUAAGCAGUUCUUUAUGUCUUGAUUGAAAUGUUGACUCUUCCAGUGGAAGAUAAUGCUGUAUGUAUCAUGUGAUUUAAAUAUAUUAAAAGAAUAACUUACAUUUA